CAGAUAUUUUCAGUAAUACAAAAUAAGGUUUCUUCUAGUCUAACUUCCAUUUUUCCCCCCAGCUGGGAUAGAUGUUUAAAAUUUUGCAUAUGGCCUUUCUAGUAUUUGUUGAAAUAGUGACGCCGAUUUGUGUGUGGUCUUUUAAAAACAAAUCCUGCAUCUCUAGCUCCUAGCUUCCUCAUCUUUGUUUUGUUUUUUAAUCAAAUAGAUUAACUGGGGGCGUGUUUGUGUGUUUAAUCUACUUUUUUUAUUUUCAGAGACAGAUCAUAAGUUUAAUUACUAUAUUUUUAUUUUCCCUUGACACUAGAUUUGUUAAUUAAAAUUAUAUAUACGCCAUCUAACACAUAAUAUGAGUGUCAAAGAGAAGGUUAACAUCAAGAUUUCGUACGUAGAUCCCACCCAAAGUGUAUGCAGAAGGUGAACAAUUUCAAUUCCAGCUAUACAUUAAUUGCAGAAAGAUACUGUUCAUUAAAAAAAAAAAAUUAAAAGAGAAGGCAAGAUGUCACCCAGAAUGCCAGCCAACAAGUGUUAUUAGGUUAGAGAUGACUGCAGUUAGGUCUCUGAGAACUGGAUAGCACAAAUCCUCCCUACCCCUUUGAAAAUCACCUCCACACUAACUUUUCUCUUGUGACAUAACUAAUCUCUUCUGUUUUAUUAAAAUUGUCCCCCAUCUUCCAAAGCCUCUUGGAUGGUAAGUUGCACACGCUCCUGCCUCUUUUUGAAAGUUACAUUUGUUUUUUGAUUACUUCUCUCAGCAUGCAUUUCUUUGGCUCUUAGCAUAUGCCAGUCACAAGGGCAGAGAUUUGAGAUACACAUCAUAAAUUAAAUGAGAAUUUGUGCUUAUCAGUAUUUUCUAUAAGCACUGUCUGGAAAUUCUACUUAGGACAAUAUUUAAGUAGAUAUGAGGCUUACCUUCUGGAAGAGAGAUUACAAAAUUAUCCUUAUUAAUUAAUUAACCAAUUAAGUCCCCAAAAUGAGAAGAGAUUCAAUUACUAUCAAUAAUUUUUAGUGAAGUGACUGAAAAGGAAAUACGUAAGCUAAUAGAUUGAUUGCCGUCCUCAACAAGUUAGCACAUACUUUUAUUUUUAAAAAGUCUUCACAAUAGGAAGAAAAUAAUUUUAGCUAGAAAUAUAUGUGAACUAUAUGAGAAAAACUUCAAAACCUUACUAGGCAAUGUAGAAGAAUAAAGGAUGAGUAAGAAUAAAAACAGUUCUGUUUAUAGAUUAUAUUCAGUUGUCAAGAAAAUCUGAGAAAUUUUUUUUUUUUUUUUUUUUGAGAUUGAAGUUUUGCUCUUGUUACCCAGGCUGGAGUGCAAUGGCGCGAUCUUGGCUCACUGCAACCUCUGCCUCCUGGGUUCAAGCAAUUCUCCUGCCUCAACCUCCCUAGUAGCUGGGAUUACAGGCGCCUGCCAUGACGCCCAGCUAAUUAACAUAUGCCAGUCACAAGGGCAGAGAUUUGAGAUGCACAUCUUAAAUUAACAAGAGCGAAACUCCGUCUUAAAAAAAAAGUAUUUUAAGGAAAAAGAAGUUUCUUGUUGUUAAUAUCUCUGUUGUGCCUACAAGAGACUCUUUUACUUUCAUCAGCAGUACUCUUUCUAGCAUGUCUCAUGUCAGCCAGGGCUUUUAAUUCUUCUGGCUAUGAAGCAAGGUUGGGACUAGGUAUGAUAUAGGCCAGCUUUGUCUGUAUAUGUGCCUCUUUGACUCAUAAUGAACAUCCAAGAGCAUUAUGUUUUCCUCUUUCCACACAAUAUCUCCUUGCUGACUGAUCCUAACAUUUCCUGUUCAAUAUUUUAUUAUGAAAAAUUUUGAGCAUACAGCUAAAUUAAAAGAAGUUUACAGUGAAUACUUAUAAACCUUCCCAACUAGACUCUACCAUUAAUAUUUUACUAUACCUAAUUUUAACACAUACCCAUCGAUUCCUCUUUUUAUCCAUCAGUUCAUUGUAUUUUUUAAUUUUUUUCAAAGUAAAUUGACAUGGGCACAUAUUCCCUAAAAAUUUCAGAAUGCGUAUGUAUUAUUAAUUAGAAUUCUAUAUUUGUUUAGAUUUUUCUUUAGAUGUAAAAUUUACAUAACAUGAAAAGUGCAAAUCUUAAGUGUACAUUUGCUGAGUUUUGACAGAUGCAGGAUCUUUGCCUUUUGGAUCUUUAAGUGUAUCUUUGCCAUGUCUAUUGGUUACCAAGUUUUAACUUUGUGGCUGCUGGGUCCUUUUUGCUGAUCAUACCUCGCCCUUGCUGAAGCAAAUACUGGUAAACCUAUUCAGAACUUGAAGAGACCCUGUUCUCUUUAUUAAUGAACAUGUACUCCAUGUCCCCAAGUGAAAUGCUGUUCCUGACGAGGUUGUGCCUGUUAAUGUGAGUGCUGGUUAAGUAUAGUCACAUGUCAGAGUGAAUGAAUAUGAAAUGCUAAGCACUUUGCUAGCCUCUUCCCAGGAUUUAGAAUGAGAUUGUCCUAAUUCUCAAGUGGUUCACUAUCUCAUAAGGGAGACAGACAAAUCUUGGUACUGUAAGGCAGUGUUGAAGUGCUGGAAUAGGGCAUGGGCAGAGUCCUUCGUGUUUACUGAUGAUAGAACCACUGAUUCUCUCUGAGAUAGUGGGAAGGCCUCACAGCAUAGAUGGCAUUAAAGUGAUCCUUAGUUAAGUUGAAAAGGGUCCAGAACGUUGUUGUGAAACUUGUACGCUAAGUGUUUGAUUGGAGCUGUGCUUUGGAACUGCGUGUGCCUCAAAUAGUAACUUUCAUAGCCUUCUUGCUGAUACUUGAAGCUUCUUUUCAGCCCAUAUCUGCCCUUGUGGCAGCCAAAAUAAUGGCUCCCCAGAGAUAUCCCCAGCACCUGGGAAUAUUUUACCUUAUAUUGCAAAAUAGAAUUUGCAGAUGUGAUUCAAUGAAGGAUUUCAAGAUGGGGAGAGAUUACCCUGGAUUAUUUCGAUGGGCUUAGUGUAAUAACAGGGGUCCCUAAAAGUAAAAGAGCUGGGUGGCCGGGCACGGUGGCUCACGCCUGUAAUCCCAGCACUUUGGGAGGCCAAGGUGGGGAGAGCACCUGAGGUCAGGAGUUUGAGACCAGCCUGGCCAAAUUCUUGAAACCCCGUCACUAUUAAAAAUACAAAAAAAAAAAAAAAAUUAGCUGGGUGUGGUGGUGGGUGCCUGUAAUCCCAGCUAUAUGGGAGGCUGAGGCAGGAGAAUCACUUGAACCCGAGAGGCGGCGGUUGCAAUGAGCCGAGAUUGCGCCACUGCACUCCAGCCUGGGCAACAGAGCAAGACUCGCAUCUCAAAAAAAAAAAGUAAAAGGGGGAUAAGAAGGUUAGCAAUCAGGGAAAUAUAACCAUGAAAGAAAGGCACAGAGAAAUGUAUCAUUGCUGGCUUUGCAGGUGGAGGAAGGGUCAGGAGACAAGGAGUGUAGAUGGUCCUAGACACUGGACGGGGCAAGGAAAUAGAUUCUUCUCUAGAGCCUCCAGAAGGAACACAGCUCUGCCAACACCUUAAUUUUAGCCCUCCGAAACCUGUAUCAGACUUCUGACCUCCAGAAUUGUUAUAUAAUAAAUGUGUGUUGUUGAAAACCACAAAGUUUUGAUAAUUGGCAGCAAUGGAAAACUAAUAUAGCCCUCUGUCUUUAAGAGUUUACCAAAGUAAAAAUGGUCUGCCUUUCUCUGGCACUAUAUUUUGACUUUGCCUCAGAAGAAAAAUGGAGUGAUUAUAAAUAUUUUUUGUGACCACAUCUGGUAGAAAAUAUAGACUUUAUUGUAACAUUCAUGUUCAUAAAUUGAAUUAUAGUCUUUGUCUUCUAGGAGAUUUUACCGUUUGGAGGUGGGAAGAAAAAUCUCCUCUUUGCAAAUGUAAAGCUCACAUUGUGGAAUGGCUGUUGUUGUGCUUUCUAACUCCUAACAUUGGACCUUUUCUCAUCAUUGUUCCAGUUUUUCCUUCCCCAGGAAGUUUUGCAGAUUUCCCCAGCCACAUUUCCUUUCUCCAUUCUCUUCACGUCUGUGGUACUAGACUUUUAACAUCCUUCCAUGGUUACAAUCUGCUUGAGGGAGGGAAAUUAUUCUCAUAGUUGUGUUCCUAACAUCUUAAAAAGAGCUUCUCAGGUAGGGGACGCUCAGUCACUCUUGAUAGCUACCUGAAUGCCUUUUGAUCUUAGUAAGCGCAUAUAGAAUUGUCUUUUGCCUUUCAUGGGUCUGCCUUGUCUUACUGGGAAGAUUAUUGGAUCUCAGAGCAUCCAGACUACCUCUCAUCUUUUGUUCUUACACAGCAGUGACCAAAUAGUAAGUUGGGCUCCAAACUCUGCACUGUGAGCUGGGGAAAGGGCACUCACUGCUCCCUAAAUACCAAGAUCCAUUAUGCUGCUGCAGCCAAAACAGGAAAUAAAUAAUGCUGGACAUCAUCAGGCAGAGGAUUUGAAACAGCUUUCCUCUGUGCUAUUGCAGUGUUCCAGGACUUCGUUAUAGGAAAGGUAGCUGAGCCUACCUUGCCUUCUCAUCUCUGGAGGCUCUUCACUUCACUCUGCUCAUGUCAUCACUCCUGUGUGUCUCAGACUUCCGCUCAUGACCCAAACAGCACAGCCUCUGCAAACUUCGGUAUCCCUCUUUCUGACUCUUAGCCCUUGUUCUCCUGACUCUUAUUAUGUCCUUGUUCUCACGACUCGUCUUGGAGGUUCUCCUCAAAUCUGUCAGCUCCUUCCUUGACUCAUGUCUAUACCAAAACUAGAUCCUGUUGUUGAUUGCACACAUUUCUCACAUGAGGCAUUCUUAUUUCCCUUGCUCUGCAUUACCUGCACACAUAGAAAUCCCAGCCCAGAACACUGCACAGUGUGCCUUUUCUUCUGUCCAGGCAGCUAGUGCUGCUUAAGGAAAUCACAGCUAAGCAGACAAGUGUGACAGACAUACUCUCCGUAACCUCAGCUUAUCUUUUGUCAGCAGCUUUUGCUAGUUUGUCACUGCAUGGUCCAAACCUUUAUCACUGUCCUCAUUGAUCAUGGCCAUCUGUUGUUCCUCUCAUUGUUAGCAAAUAGCCUUGCUUUCUUUUUUGACUCACAUUUUUAUUGAACUGCCUGCUAAUUGUCAACAUCCCACCUAUCCUGACUUCCAGGAGGUAGGAGAGAAUGAAGCAUCCUUCUUCCUUUACAAGCCUGAUGCCUUCAUCAGAGAUCUGACCCCAUCCUUUCCCCCUUCUCUCUCCUCUGGUUCCAACUCCCUUGUCUAUUAAUUGCUUCCUCUGUUUUUAGUCUCCACUCUGACCCCACCACCUCUUCUACCUGCCCUUUCUCUUCCUUCUCCACUUCCAAACUUUUCGUUCCUAUUGUGGAAUUUGUCUGCUGUUUCCACUAGUGUAUUGAAACUGAUCUCCUCAAAUUAUUAGUGAAGGCUUAUCUAACCAAUCCAAUACCUUUCAAUCCUUAAUUUAUCUAACUCUAUUUUGAUCUACCCAUCCUUGAAAUUUACAUAUCUUAGAUCUCUUUAUCUGGUGGUUCUCUGCCUCCUUUUUGGGCUUCUCUUUUAUUUGCUUCCUAAAUGUUGAUUUUUCUCUAUAAUCCUGGUCCUACCGUUUAUUUUACUCUUCAAGUUCUCUUUGGUUGGUUUUAUGCCAUGGUUCCGUCUGAUAAUGCCAUUACGUGGCACUAUUGAAUAUUACUGUUUCUUAGUAAGCUUUAUAUGAAAUAUGUCACAGGGUUGUUGAUAGGAACAUAUGAUUCCCCUUAGACUCCUUUAUUCAUGUGUUUACUUCACUUAUAUCUUAUAGCAGGAGAAUAUGGUUACUCUUAAAUAUGUGACAAAAGACCAUCCUCCUCCCGAAAAGCUUGUCCUGUUUGAGUAUAUAGCCAGGCAGCUUGAAUGGAUUCAGAUAGAAUACAGGUAUGGAAGGCAGAUCAUGUACAUAUGGAUAACCCUCACAUUUAAAUACAGCCUCCUAGAUGCCACUUCUCUGUGGCUUACUCACUGUGUUCAUGUGGCCUACUCACUAUGGUCAAAACCAAUCACAUCCUUUCUCUAGUACCUAGCCCUUCUGAUAUUAUUCUCCAUUUAGUCACACAGAAACCUGAGAGUCAUGGGAAGCUGCUAGCCCUUUCUCACACCCACUUUCAGUCAAAUUCCAGGACAUACUGACCCCACCCAAAUCUGCCUGCUCUCCAUUUCUACCAUCAUAGCCCUAAUUUGUGUUCCCAGUCUUCUGGAUUAAAGUAUUAGCCUACUACAUGCACUAGAAGUAUUGAACUUCUUCACCUACUACCUGUGUUUUUUGGCUCCUAUUAUAUCUUCCUGUAGUCCAGUACACAGCUACCCCUAGAAGAGCACUUUGAAGACACUAAUAUUGUUUCCUGGCUUACAACAUUUAGGAAAGAGUCCACAUUUCUGAGAAUGGCAUUCUUGGCUGGCUGUGACCUAGAUCUGGCUUUGCACACCUCUGGCCCUGUUUCUUUUUGUUCUCUGGCCUAAACUAUAUGCACUAGAAGUAUUGAACUUCUUCCCCUUGUACAUAAUCUUCUUAGGCAUUGCCUUUGCUCACGAUGUUCCCCAACCUCCCUUACCUACCAAACCAGCUCUGACACUCAGCCCAUUCCUCCCUGAAACCAUUAGGCUGUGUUAGAAACCACCUUCUGUGUUCCCAUGAGCCCUUGUCCAUUGCUGUAAUUAUAGCAGUAAUCAAACUCUACUGUAAAUGUGUGUUUUCAGUUUCUUCAACUAGCCUCAGCUGCUUGAGGUAAGGGAUAAAUGCCUUGUUCACAUUUUUAUCUUCAGGGCCUGGUACAGAGCUAGGAACAUAAGUGUUCGGUAAAGAUUUAUUAAAAUGGCAGAAGUUCCAAAUCUAUACCACUAAGAUAGUUAUUAACUUACCAGGUGUUUCCUCAAAAACAAACAAAACUUCACCCAGUAUCCCUGCUCUGAGAAUGACUGAUACUUUAGAGAAGUCAGUUUUGGCCAGUCACAUAAAAGGAUCCUUUGUGAUGGAUCUGAUUACCUCAAGAAUGGUAGAAACCUAGAAUUAAAUAAAUAAUGGUUUACAUCUGUGUUUCUCAACCUUGGCUAUACAUUCAUUUGUACCAGGUGGAGCUCUUAAAAAAAAAAACAAAACAACCAAAAACCUUAACCCCUUCUCAGAUAAUUAAAUCAGAAUCUCUUGGUAUGGGACCCAGGUAUCAGUAAAUGCCAAACAUACUUAGCAAUUCCAGUGUGCAGCCAGAGUUUAAAACCACUGGGUUAGAUAAAGGUUUGAGUGAGUUAUCUAGAAGUAGUUGCUAAGGGAAAUUAGAAUUGAGUGAGACCUAACCCAAGCUAUUUAUAAUUAUGGUAGUUAUUAGAAUGGACCUUAUGUGUCUGUCUAAACCAGAAGCCUUACUGUAGUUUUUUUUUUUUUUUAGUGAGAUCCUAUUGAAAAUUUAUUAGUGACCAGAAAUUUUGAGACCCUGUCUAAAAAAAAAAAAAAAUUAGCCAAGUACAGUGGCUCAUACCUGUAGUUGUAGCUGCUUGGGAGGAUCACUUGAGCCCAGGAGUUUGAGGCCACAGUAGCCUUCCUAGGAUGCCAGUACUAUUUCCAGAUAUGUCAUUUGAUUAACAGUAUCUCAUUAUAUUGACUUGUAAUUGACUUCUUUGUGACUCCACACAUAUGUCUUAAUCCUGCCCUGUGCAACAACUCAGAAUAAAUAUUAUUCCGAGGAUAGGAUGUGCAAAUGUGUGAAAACUAUUUUCUUGCUUCCUGUAAGUAAUUUUUUUCAGGCUGAGUAUUUCCAGUUACUUCAGCCUUUGCUUAUCUUGAAAAGCAAGCUCAAUGAGGGAAGGACCCAUGUCUGAAUGGCUACUACUCUAUUCUUAGCCCCUAGAAUAGUACUUGGCAUAUUGUAAGUAUUCAGUUAAUGUCUGGUGUAAAAAGGGAUGAAUAAAGGAACCAUCUGGGUUCAUUCAGCUCUUUAUCCUGCUAACUUUGGCAUUCUGACUCCUUAAAAGGAACCUUGUACUCCUGUGAUAACAUCCAUACAAAGUACAUAUAGCAUCCACUUGUAUAUCUUAAUUUCCUCAAAUAGUAUGUCAUUGCCUUUAUUGUCAGCUAAAAUUUGUAACUGAUCUUUACUUAUAUUGCUGGUGAAAGGAUUAAAAACAGGGUAAGGACAGAGACCUGUACCUGAUGUCAGAGACUUCUCUCCAUAAGGACAUGACCCUUUGGUCAGCUAAUUGUGGAUCUCUCUUGCUGUACUUUAAUUCAGUCAUUGUUGCUUCUUCUUUCGGUGGCUGUGGGAGCAAAGAGUAAGAAACACUAAAACUUCCUGGAGAAAUUAGGUAAUGACAUAAGAAGGGAUAAUGUUUGAUCUUGCAACAUGGGUAAGGUUUUACCAAGAGACAAGAAAAGGAAGAACAUAUCUGGCAUAGGAAUAGCUGUUCAGGCAACUCAAGUGGUUCAGCAUAGUUAUAGGGAAAUGUAUGGUAGUUUGAUAAGACAUUUAGGGCUUAGGGAGGUAGAAAAGCCACAAUCACAGAGGAUCCUAAAUCUAUGCCAAGGCCUUAGUCCAUUUUUCUAUACGUACUGGGAGACCAAAAGGGAAUUUUAAACAGGGAGUGAAACUUUUGUGUUUUACAGAGAUGAUGUUGCUGCAAACACUCAUUGGAGUGAGAGAGACCAAAGGCAAAAAAGUCAAGUAGGAGGUCUCUAGGUCAAGAAUUAUGAGGCCCUGAAUCAGGGCCACGGCAGUAGGAGUUGGUGGAAGACAUUUAAGAGGCGGAAUUUACAGGUUGUGGUGACUGAUUGGAUGUUAAAAAGAAACUCUAGAAAGACACUUGCUGGUUGGGCGCAGUGGCUUAAAUCUGUACUUUGAGCACUUUGAGAGGCCCAGCACUUUAGGAGGCCAAGGCAUGAGGACUGCUUGAGGCUAGGAGUUCUAGACUAGCCUGGGUAACAUAAUGAGACCCUAUCUCUGUAAAAAAAAUUUUUUUAAUUAGCCAGGCUGGGCAUGGUGACUCAUACCUGUAAUCCCAGCACUUUGGGAGGCCAAAGCAGGAGGAUUGCUUGAGCCUAAGACUUUGAAACCAGCCUGGGCAACAUAGUGAGACCCUGUCUCUACAAAAAUUUAAAGAUUAGCUGGGUGUGAAGGCAUGUGCCUGUGGUCCCAGAUACCCAGGAGGCUGAGGCGGGAGGAUCACUUGAGCCCAGGAGGUCAAGACUGCAGUGAGCUGUGUUCGUGCCACUGUUCUCCAGCCUGGAUGACAGAGUAAGACCCUGUCUCAAAAAAAAAAGCCAGGUGCAGUGGCUCACACCUGUAGUUCUAUCUACUUGGGAGGCUGAGGAGGGAGGAUCACUUGAGCCCAAGAGUUUGAGGCCACAGUAAGCUAUGAUCAUGCCACCACACUCUGGCCUAGGUGACAAGAAUGAGGCCUUGACUUUGAAAAAAAGAAAAGAAAGACACGUGUGUUACUGGGUCACUAGACGUCUUUUUUUUUUUUAAAAUAAAUCUUACCACGUGUCAGGCACCAUUCUAUGUUUUACAAAUACUUACUCAUUUAAUUCCCACAAUAACCCUAUGAGGUCAAUAGUAUUUUAUCUCUCCUGGUCUUGAAAACCACUGUUUAAUGUAUUUUGUCUGUUUUGUUGUUGGGGCAAGAGGUUAAUUCUGUUCUCUCGUAUUCCAUCUCGGCUGGAAGCAGAAGUUUAUAAACAUUGCAUUUUAAAUUUAUUUUAAAUUUAGAUUUUUUAAAUUUCCAUUUUUUGAAUACUAAAUUUGACUAUUUCCUAUAUGUUUACAUUUGCAUUUCUUUUGUACUUUGUUCCUGUAUAUUGUUUGCUCUGUCUUCUGAAGAUUUAAGGGUUUCCUUUUCAAUUUUAUGCACGGUCACAUAAGUAAAAGCAAUAUGGCUUCUGUAAGAGAGCAUCUUACAGCAGGAGAAUUCUGGAGAUCUGCAAAGGUUCUCCCUCAAGUAUUCAGCAGAGCACAGAUUAGUACAUACAUGUGAGGAAACUACUUGAGCCAGGGAAAGAGUCCUCUAAAGGAUUAUUGGGAGCAGUAUCUGUUGUUCACAUAGGGCUGAGAAGAGUAUCUGUUCCCACCAGCCAGACUGGAAAACUCUUCCGAUUCCUGGAGCAUUGGAUAGGUCGUGUCUACCCAAUCAGUAUCUAUCAAGAAGGUCUUGCUUCAGUAAUGGGGGAUAAUUAGCCCUAUACUAGGCACUGCUAAAUCUAUCUAGCAAAUUGUAAAAGAAAGACCCAAAAGGAUCAAACUGUUUCCAAGUAACCUAACCAUCCUAAAACAAAGCUUAAGGAAAUUUAUAGUAAUAUAAAAAUACCUAGCAUCCAAUACAAUAACAUUCACAGUAUCUGGCAUCCAAUCAAAUUCACCAAGCAUGCAAAGAGAUGAAAACAUGGCCCAUAGUGAGGACGGUAAUAAUGAUUUGAAACUCAUCCAAACUUGACAUAGAUAUUAUUAUUAGCAGAGGAGGAUGGUAAAACAUUAGUUAUAACUGUAUUUCGUAUUGCUAAGAAGGUAAGUACAGCAAUAGAAAGUAUUAAAAAAAUUGAGAUUCUAGGGAGAAAGCCUAUAUUGUCUGAAAUGAAAAUAUACCAGGUUAACAGAAGAUUAGAUUUCCAGAAGAAAAGUUGGGUGAACUUGAAGGCAUAGCAGUAAAACUAUCCAAAAUGAAAUGCAGAGAGAAAAAAGAAACCAGAAAAAAAAUGAAAAGAACUUGAGUAAGCUGUGGAUAGCAUCAGGUAGCCUAUCGUAUGAGUAAUUAGAGUCCCUAAAGAAGAGAGUAAAGGAGAGAUGGAGAAAUAUAUGAAGAAAUAAUGGCUGGAAAUGUCAAAACUUAAUGAAACUAUAAACCCGCAAGUUCAAGAAGCUCAAGGAACCCCAAACUCCAGAAACAUGAAAAGUAUACCAAGGAAAAUAAUAAUCAGAUUACUCAAAUCAAUAAAAGAGAAAAUCUCAAAAGCAGCCAGAAGGAAAAUACAUGCUAUAUACAGAGGAAUAAGGGAUUACAUUGGAUUUCUUACCAGAAAUAAGACAUCUAAGAAGAGUGGAACUAUAUUUACAAAGUACUGAAAGAAAAAAAUAACUGUCUACCUAUUAAAUAGAAUUACACAUUCAGGAAAAAACAUCUUUCAACAACAAAGGUAACUCAACCUAUAGAAUGGAAGAAACAGGCCGGGCGCGUUGGCUCACGCCUGUAAUCCCAGCACUUUGGGAGGCCAAGGCGGGCAGAUCACCUGAGGUCAGGAGUUCGAGACCAGCCUGGCCAACAUGGUGAAACCCCGUCUCUACUAAAAAAUACAAAAAAUUAGCUUUGCAUGCCUGUAGUCCCAGCUUACAGGCUGAGGCACAAGAAUUGCUUGAACCUGGGAGGUAGAGGUUGCAGUGAACUGAGAUCGUGCCACUGCACUCCAACCUGGGUGACAGAGUGAGACUCCGUCUCCAAAAAAAAAAAAAAAAAAGUGGGAGAAACUAUUUGCAAGUCAUGUAUCUGAUAAGGGUUUAAUAUCUAGAAUAUACAAAGAACUCCUACAACUCAACAAUACACACAACCCAAUUGUAAACGUGGGUAAAGGACUUCACAUUCCUGUAAAGAAGAUAUACAAAUGGCUAGUAAGCACAUGAAAAUAUGCUCAACAUCAUCAGUCAUUAGGGAAAUGUAAAAACUACAAUGAGAUGUCACUUCAUCCUAACUAGGAUGGCUGUAAUUUUAAAAAAUAGAAUAACAAGUAUUUGGCAAGGAUGUAGAGAAAUUAGAAUAUGCAUAUAUAUUCCUGGUGUGAAUGUAAAAAUGAUGCAGCCACUAUGGAAAACAGUUUGUUGGUUCCUCGAAAAGCUAAACAUAAAACCAUAUGACCCAGCUGUUUCAGUCCUAGGUGUAUACCCAAAGGAAUCGAAUGUAGGAACUCAAACAGAUACUUGUAUGCCAGUGCUCAUGGCAGUGUUAUUCAUAAUAACCAAAAGAUGGAAACAAUGCAAGUGUUCAUCAACAGAUGAGUAGGUAACAAAAUGUAGUCUACACAAUGGAAUAUUUGGUCAUUAAAAGAGUGAGGUUCUGAUACAUGUUAAAACAUAGAUGAACCCUGAAAAAUGUAUACUCAGUGAAAUAAGCCAGACUCGAAAGGGCAAAUAUUGUAUGAUUCCACUUACAUGACCUAAGUAGAACAGGCAAAUUCUUAGAGACAGAACUUAGAUUAGGGGCUUCCAGGGAAUAGGGGAGAAUAUGGAGUUACCACUGAGUGGGUACCAGAGAUUCUGUUUGGAGCGAUGGAAAAGUUUUGGGAUUACAUAGUGGUGAUGGUCGCACCACACUGUGAAUGUAAUUAAUGCCACUGAAUUGGAUACUUAAAAACAGUUAAAAUGGCAAAAAAAAAAAAAAAAAUUAUUUUACUACAAUUUAAAAAAUUAUAUAAUAUACCAAAACCCACUGAAUACACAGUUUAAAUGGUUGAAUUGUACCGUAUGGCUGUUUAAAAAAAAAGCCAAAGUCACAAAAAAGACAUUGUUAGCUAUAAGAAAGCUGAAAGAAUUUAUCACCAGGAGACCUCCGUUACAAGAAAUGUUAAAGAAUGUACUUCAGAGAGAAAGGAAAUGAAACCAAAUGGAAAUCUGGAUCUACACAAACGAGUAAACAGCACUGGCAAAUGGUAACUACCUAGGUAAAUAUAUAAUAUUUUUCCUUAAUAUUUAAAUUAUCUUUAAAAUGUAAUUGGCUAUAUUAGUUUUCUGUUGCUUGUAGCAUGUACCACAAACUUGGCAGCUUCAAACAGCAUUUCCUUAUUAUCAUCUCUGUUGGUCAGAAGCGGUGCAAGCACAGCAUGGCUGGGUUUUCUGCUCAGGGUGUCCAAAGGCUGAAAUCGGGGUGUCACCUGGACUGAGUUCUCAUCUGGAGGCUGUGGGGAAAAAUUCACUUUCAAGCUCACUCUUCUUGGCAGAAUUCAGUUCCUUGUGGCUGCAGGACUGAGGUCCCUGCUUCCUAGCUGGCUUUCAGCUGGUGCUGCUCUUUGCUGCUGGAGAUUGCCAUGUUCCUCACACUGCAUUCCAUCUUCAAGCCAGUAAUGCUUUGUCUCCUCAGCACUCUGCUGUCACUCAAGGAGGUAUGCUCAAGAACAAGGAGGGCAUGGAUGCUAAGUCACUAACUGCCUGGUCCCAGACACUGGUGACCUUCAAGGAUGUAUUUGUGGACUUCACCAGGGAGGAGUGGAAGCUGCUGGACACUGCUCAGCAGAUCGUGUACAGAAAUGUGAUGCUGGAGAACUAUAAGAACCUGGUUUCCUUGGGUUAUCAGCUUACUAAGCCAGAUGUGAUCCUCCGGUUGGAGAAGGGAGAAGAGCCCUGGCUGGUGGAGAGAGGAAUUCACCAAGAGACCCAUCCUGAUUCAGAGACUGCAUUUGAAAUCAAAUCAUCAGUUUCCAGCAGGAGCAUUUUUAAAGAUAAGCAAUCCUGUGACAUUAAAAUGGAAGGAAUGGCAAGGAAUGAUCUCUGGUAUUUGUCAUUAGAAGAAGUCUGGAAAUGUAGAGACCAGUUAGACAAGUAUCAGGAAAACCCAGAGAGACAUUUGAGGCAAGUGGCAUUCACCCAAAAGAAAGUACUUACUCAGGAGAGAGUCUCUGAAAAUGGUAAAUAUGGGGGAAACUGUCUUCUUCCUGCUCAGCUAGUACUGAGAGAGUAUUUCCAUAAACGUGACUCACAUACUAAAAGUUUAAAACAUGAUUUAGUUCUUAAUGGUCAUCAGGAAAGCUGUGCAAGUAACAGUAAUGAAUGUGGUCAAACUUUCUGUCAAAACAUUCACCUUAUUCAGUUUGCAAGAACUCACACAGGUGAUAAAUCCUACAAAUGCCCUGAUAAUGACAACUCUCUUACUCAUGGUUCAUCUCUUGGUAUAUCAAAGGGCAUACAUAGAGAGAAACCCUAUGAAUGUAAGGAAUGUGGAAAAUUCUUCAGCUGGCGCUCUAAUCUUACUAGACAUCAGCUUAUUCAUACUGGAGAAAAACCCUAUGAGUGUAAAGAAUGUGGAAAGUCUUUCAGCCGGAGUUCUCACCUCAUUGGACAUCAAAAGACCCAUACUGGUGAGGAACCCUAUGAAUGUAAAGAAUGUGGAAAAUCCUUCAGCUGGUUCUCUCACCUUGUUACUCAUCAGAGAACUCAUACAGGAGACAAACUGUACACAUGUAAUCAGUGUGGGAAAUCUUUUGUUCAUAGCUCUAGGCUUAUUAGACACCAGAGGACACAUACUGGAGAGAAACCCUAUGAAUGUCCUGAAUGUGGGAAAUCUUUCAGACAGAGCACACAUCUCAUUCUGCAUCAGAGAACCCAUGUGAGAGUGAGGCCCUAUGAAUGCAAUGAAUGUGGAAAGUCUUACAGCCAGAGAUCUCACCUUGUUGUGCAUCAUAGAAUUCACACUGGACUAAAACCUUUUGAGUGUAAGGAUUGUGGAAAAUGUUUUAGUCGAAGCUCUCACCUUUAUUCACAUCAAAGAACCCACACUGGAGAGAAACCAUAUGAGUGUCAUGAUUGUGGAAAAUCUUUCAGCCAGAGUUCUGCCCUUAUUGUGCAUCAGAGGAUACAUACUGGAGAGAAACCAUAUGAAUGCUGUCAGUGUGGGAAAGCCUUCAUCCGGAAGAAUGACCUCAUUAAGCAUCAGAGAAUUCAUAUUGGAGAAGAGACCUAUAAAUGUAAUCAAUGUGGCAUUAUCUUCAGCCAGAACUCUCCAUUUAUAGUUCAUCAAAUAGCUCACACUGGAGAGCAGUUCUUAACAUGCAAUCAAUGUGGGACAGCGCUUGUUAAUACCUCUAACCUUAUUGGAUACCAGACAAAUCAUAUUAGAGAAAAUGCUUACUAAUAAAUAUGGGAAUUUUUCACAAAGAGCAAUGACUUUAUUUUGCAUUGGAGAACUCCUGGAGAUAAGCUGUACAAAUUGAAUCUAUGUGGAAAUGCUUUCAGUCUUGUUACUAUCCUAUUGCACAUUAGAGAAUUGGUCCUGGAAGGGAAAGAAACCACAGAUUUUAUUUCAGUACACAAAUGCCAUCAGAUUUUCUUUCAUGAAUUCCUACAGAAGUAAUUGGCCUGGGAGCAUUCUUGACCAAGUCUUAAAUGCUAGAAUCUGAGAAGGAAUUAUUAAAUAGGUGAGUUGUUGAGCGAGAACCCCUUCAUUUGAAAAGAAAUGAGUAUGCUACUGUAGGGAGAGUUGUUGCUGAGAAUUAAGAAAUGAUACAGUUAAUGCAACAAAAGAUGGAAAAUAAUAUUUCAGUCAAUAUGUCAUUGUUUACUUGACUGUGUCUCUCUUCUGGGACAUUUAGUAGUGUUUGGUAUGUUUUAUGUGUCUGGUAGAAACCAUAUUUUGGUUAACAGCAAGGAAAAUGCUUAUAAUGUAGAACAAUUAAAAACAACACAUCUCCACUACCAGUGCUAACCCAUAUUUAAGUACAUUUGCAUGUGGGCAAGAAUUGAAAGCAUAUAGAUAAUUGAACAGAAUCGAUUUGUUAGAUAAUGAGAUUUUGACUGAGUUUUAUAGUCUGUUUAAUGUUGCUGUAAUAAUUAUUUUAAGAAACUUUUAAAUAUUGUAAGAGGAUAUCUAGUUUCUCUAUUCUACCAUCAAAGAAGCUUUUGAGUACCACCUCUUAAUGAGCUUUCCUCUUCUAAAUUGUUUUGAGUCACAGAGUUCCACUUUUUCCACUCUUAUUAGCACGGCAAAAGCUCCUGAGAAUUUAAAAACACAGUAAUUCUCUGGAUGUUAGGACCUAGGGGAACACUGGGCAUUUGAACAUAUCAGGGAGGGUCCCCAUUUUAGUGGGAACAAGUAUUUAAACAAUAUUUAGAGCAAGUGUCCUCAUGUGAUAAACAGAGCACAGUCCAAAGAUACCCUCCUUCUCAAGGUAGUCUUUUAUCUUUAUAAAGAAAGAUUAGUGUUUAAGAGCAUAGACUUGAGCUAGACUACCCAGGUUGAAACCCCACUAGCUGGGUGAUCUUGAACAUGCUGCUUAGCUUCUCUGUGCCAAACUUACUGAUAUCCUCCUCUGUAAAUUAGCGAUAAUAAUACUUACCUGGUAGGAUUAUGGUGUUACAUGAGUAAACGGAAACAGCUUAGAAUAGUGCCUGACAUAUAUUAUGUUCUCUGUAGUUACUGGCUGUGAUUAUUAAUAAUAUUGCCACACCCUAAUAUCUGUUAUUUAAUUGAAAUCUGCUUGUGUGCUUAUAAGAAUUUACUGAGUUCUCACUUCCCUUACAGUCAUACAUGGUUUUUCCCUUUUACCUAAAUCAGAAUUCAACAGCCUGGGAAAAUCACUGACAAAUAGUGGAUAUAGGUUUCAUUUCUGAGGAUCAAUAAACAGCUUGUAAUGUUGUAUACACAUUUAUUCUGUUUGUACAAAGGUUUUCCAUUCUAUGGAGAGGAUCCCAGUCUUCAGAUUCUCUGGUAAGUUAAUAACCCACAAAAGAUUCAGGAAGAGGAUCUAUUUUAAUUUUCUCUUUCAUUCUAUAAAUCAGUCUAUUGUAUAUAGGGACUGACCAUGAUUCUCCAUUUUCUAGCAUAAAUAUUAGCUGCUUAAUGAUUGAUUGUUGAACGAUACAUGAAGUAUUGCCGAAGCCAACCAGAGAUCUUGAUCUCUCUCCGAGGAAAAAACCUAGAAAUGAUGGUUAGAAUCAGGAGACUUGAGAACUACGAGGAACAUGGCAGCCUCUAGCUCAUACUUGUCGUACAAUCGAGAUCAAGUUAAUUGGCCCCGGUCUUACAUUUUCAGUGAAGUCAGACUCAGAACUAGGUCCUGGGUUUCAUGUUUCCUGCUGCUCUUCUCACUGUGUACACACCAUGCCCACAUACAACAUGCCUAUCAGAAAUGGUUUUCAUUAAGGGAGUAGAAUAGUCACUUAACUGGGGCUCUUAACAUUGCUAAUAACCUGUGGCUCAAUUUCCUCAACUGUAUAAUGAGGAUACUACUAGUAUCUACCUCAAAGCGUUGUCAUGUGGAUUGAGAUGAUAUGUAUGAAUCACAUAAAAGAGUGCCUGGCACAUAGUAGGUGCCAUUAAUAAUAUUACUAUUGUUAACACCUUAAGGGUCUAACUUGUAAUGAGGACAGAAAUAUGUAUGAGGAUGAUCACCGAAAUAUUUAUGACAGUGCAUAAUUUGCAAAAUGAAAAAAUGUACACUAGCAUAAUUGUGGCAUAUCCGUGUAAUGGAAGAUUAUGCAGGCAUUAAAAUAUGUACACAAAAA